AUGGAAAACUCAGCAAAACUCAACGAGUACGCAAGCAACCGAGCGAAAUUGGUCGCCAAUGAACAGAAAUACAGAGGGGACUAUGAUUUUGUUAAAUCUCUUUCGCCUACAGCCCAAGCCGCCAAUACCAUAGUUUCUCGCAUUCAACAAUUCAACAGGCAGGUUCUUUUUGAUCCAGUUGGGUCAAUGAGCCGCUUACGUUCAGACUCUGGUUUCCCCCGCAUCAAAGAAUCCAUAGCAAGGACAGCUUUAUUAGAAAUAAUGAAAAAGUUACCAAAGGGUGCAAUUCUUCACGCUCACCACGCUGCUUGCGUGUCGAUUGAUUUUAUCAUUGACAAGAUGAUCGAGACUCCGGGCAUGUAUAUCAGCGCUUCAAGGCCCCUUGACGAAUGGUGGGCAAAAAGAGAGAAGAGAAUAAAAAUAAAAUUCACAUACAGUUCUUCGCAACCUCGACAGACUAGAAGCUCAGUGAACAAUCUUUGGGAUCCUGAUUAUGUACCCAACUCACUUGUUCCAGUCUCUCUUGCGGCGUCGACAUACAGUGAUUACCCUUCCUCUAUGAACUAUGAUAAAUAUCAUAUCGCACCUGGUUUUGAAAGACAACCUCUUCAGGGAAAGUCUUACUUUAUUACCUGGUUGAAGAUUCGAUUGACGAAGGCGGAGUCCCAGCGUAUAGAUGUUAGUGGGGGUAUCAAUGAAGCUUGUGAUACAUUCCAGAGUGGAAGAAAGCUACUUAAUACGAUAAUUCACAACGAGCCCGUUUUUCGGCCAUUCCUCAAGCAACUUUUUGAAGGGUUGGACGAGGACAAUGUUAAGUGGAUAGAGAUUAGGAUAAUUUUCAAGGUUGACUUUCAAUUAGAAUGUAGUGAUACACCAUCUGGAGAGAUUGAAAUGGCAAGAGUAAUUUGGGAAGAAAGAGAAAAGUUUGCAAUCACGAUGAAAAAGAAAAAUAAAGACUGGUGGGGACUGCGAAUUAUCUGGACAGGCUUGCGACUGUGGAAAGAUGAAGAAAUCAAAGCUGAUAUGGAGACUUGCAUGCGUGUGAAGGAACGAUAUCCAGAUCUGAUCUCAGGAUACGAUCUAGAGGGACAAGAAAGACUCGGUCGUACGCUCGAAGAUCUCAUACCGGUUUGCCUCUGGUUUAAGCAACAAUGCGAAAGCCGUAACUUAAACAUUCCAUUCUUCUUACACGCAGGAGAAUGCUUGAGUAAUGGUGAUGUAAAUGACCAUAACCUUUACGAUGCAAUUCUUCUGGGUACUCGACGUAUUGGUCAUGGAUAUUCACUUCCUAAACACCCGCUGCUGGAAAAGAUUUGCAAAGAGCGACAAAUCAUGAUCGAGUCCUGUCCACUCUCAGCUGAAAGUUUGAGAUCAACAAAUUCUGCCAAUGCUCAUACUUUACCAAUGCUGUUGGCAAAAGGUGUAAGCGCUAGUUUGAAUUGUGAUGACCCAUUUUUAUUAGGUCAAGAAAUGAUAGGCGUUUCAAUGGAAUUCUUCAUGUGCAUCUGGUCAUGGGAUAAUCUAGAUCUCGGUGGUCUGGGUCAUUUGGCACAAAACAGCGUGAGGUGGUCACAAUUUGAAGAUCAGACUGACGAAGAUUGGCAAUCAGGAAUCCGAUCAGGUGAGAAUUCAAGGAAAGGAUUAAAGGCUCAGAGAAUGCGAGAGUGGAAGAAAGACUGGGAAGAAUUUUGUGCUUGGGUUCUUGAAAGAUACGGAGAGCCUUGGGGAAACGAAGAUGCUUUUAAGGCUGCUUUGGAAGAGAGAGCGGAAUUGGUGGAGCAAAACAUGGCUGAUGAAGGUGCGGUAGAAAAAGAACUUGAUAAAAUAGCAGCGCGGUUCAAGGAAAAAGAAGAGUCGAUAAGAGGAUGGAGAGAGAAAGAGAUAAAGAAAAGGAAGUUCAUUACUAGAGCGAAGGAACUGAUGGCUGAGGAAAAGUUACAGAAAAAUAUGUCUAAAGGCUUGAAGAACCCACCUGACAACUCCAAAGAUGGUGUUGAAGAAGCUACCAAAGAGGUAAUGUGGGCUGUUAUCGUUGACAUAAUCCAUACAAUUCAAUUUCCAAAGCAGUACUUCAAAAUUGAGAACCUUUCAUUUGAUACAAGUAAGGCAAACUCCGGUAACGACAUCAUUCGAUUCCGUAGGUGGAUCCAUCCAAGUGAAUUUCUAUUAUCUGGUACGAUGGAUGCUCAGGAUGUCUCCGUUCCGCCGUCAUUGAUCUUGCAACAAUCGAGCAACGAAAAACCAGCUUCCACCCCGAGCGAAAAUGCUCUCAAGAAACGAGGUAGACCGCUCAAAAUCGUUCUUCUAAUUACCUCUACUUCUGAAACAAUCUAUGAGACAGAACAUUCUGAAGCUCAGGAUGGAGGAGAACAUGUUCCUAUGCGUGCAGGAUCGACAAUUGCGCCAGCCAAUAGCACGAGGCGCAGCGGACGAUCGAGAAAGGUUACACUCUCGUAUCAAGAGCAACUUCAGUCAGAUGGAGAGCAGCCCGUCGCAAAGCGUCAUAAGAAGAGAAAUGUCACAUAUGAUGACGAUGACGAUCAGGACCCUAGCAAUCGUAUCGUUCCACCAGCAGAAAGAGAUUGUACUUACUGA